AUGCAAGACGAAACUUUUUAUAAAGUGGCUACGAUUAAUGGACGUCAAUUCACACUUUCGAAGAAAGCCGCCGAACUUUCAACAACGCUCGUAAACGUCAUUCAGGCUUACGACCUUCUCACCGACGAGGCGAUUGCGCGAAUGGAGCCAAUUCAGCUUGCUGUUGAAAGCGAGCAUUUUCAUUUCGUUCAAAAAUGGUUGGAGACACAUCGUGAUGCGCCACCAUUCAAAGACGAAACCGAAGUGUGGGAAGAUCUAACCGAGCCCGAUCUGCUUAAAUGGGAAGCUGGGUUCUUUGCCGAUCUGCUCGACGAGCAGCUUUUCCACAUUUUCAAGGCUUCCAACUACUUAGACAUCAAAAGCCUUCAAACGAAAUGCGCAAAGGCAAUCGCUGCCAUGAUCACGGGCAAAUCGGAGACGCAAAUUUACGAGAUUUGGGGACUUUCACGAAAUGUCUUUAGCGCUCAAGAACAAGCAAACUAUCGCCUCGGGAAUCCUUGGGAGGCGAUCCUGCAAAAUAUGGCAACGCAAAAG